AUGUUUAGCAUCAAAUCACGGUUAGCUCAGCCCACUAAUCCCACGAUCCACCCCUGUCAUCCGUCCCCCCGGCUCGAAGAAAAAAAAAACCCACGAGAGCACCACGCUCUCCCGUCGGUUGCUCAUAUCCUCCUCCCGCAUGACCUCUCGCCCCCUCCUCCUCCUCCUCCCGCCUCCUGCCUCUCCCUCCUCCGCUCCCUCCCGCUCCGCCUCCGCCUUGCCAUUCCCCGCCCCCGCCUCCCCACCCUCCUCUCCCUCGCCCUCCCCGGCAAAAACGGCAACGACGGCGGCGGUGGCAACAACAGCGGCGGCGGCGGGGAUGACGAAACAGGGGACGGCGGCGGCGAGUGGGGCGGCCACCGGGGGGAUGCGCUGUUCGUGCUGCCGCAGGCGGGGAGGAAGCUCUCCAGCCUGCCGGCGGACCUCGCCGUGGCCGUGGAGGGCGGCCGCGUCACGGGCGACAUCGUGCGGCGCUUCGCGGAGAUGGAGCGCUCGCCGCUGCUCCGUUGGCUGCUGGGCUUCAGAUGGUUCAGGGAGCGCCUCCUCGCCGACGACCUCUUCCUCGCCAAGCUCGCCAUGGAGAUGGGCGUCGGCAUGAUCGCCAAGAGUGCCCCGACGCUCCCUCCCACCAUUCCUUCCCCCGCGGCAGUGUCACCAUGGACCACGGAGCAAAGUCUCGACCGCGGCGGCGCUGUCGGGUUGAGGAGGGAGGAUCAAGAAGGGGGGUGGAGCUGUGGCGACGGCCACACGGAAGGAGCCGGGAGCAUGCCAGAGCGGCACUCAGUUUGCUCAGGUGCCGCUGUGCAGUCGUAUCUACGAGCAGGUAUAUUUGGAAUUGGAGGAAACAUAUCCUGAUUACUCUCUGGUUUUAUCUACUUUGGCUCGUUUACUUGCUUCAACUCAUGGCGUUCUCAUCCAUGGAGCCUGCGGCCGGGUGGGGAGCUCCUCGCAAGUUGUGGCGACGGCUGAAAUAAAUUGCGCUCGUUCAUGUGGUCGACAGUGAGGAAAAAGCACAUGUUUUUUUGGUUGAGGUUGCUCUGCACUUGUUCGUAGCAAUACCAAACAACGAUAUUGCACAAAAGCAUGAUGACGACUACGAGCCCGCCCCGUCACCGCCGCGCCUCUGCUGCUUCCGCAGUGCACCGCUAUUCUUACACCUGCAGCCUUCACGGCCUGCCUCUACCGCUCCCGCCAGCACCCCGUCGCGGCUGUCGUCGCCGGAGAGACACCCACCGCCGGCACAGGCGCAUGAGCCAUCGCCGCCGGAGAUAAGUCAGAGACCCGGAGCCCCCAUCCUGGUAUUGGACCUUCCAAUUCAAGGCACCUUCCACCUAAUACUGGAGUAAGUGGUUCCACAGAUUCAGGAAAAGCAGGGCUGAAUGGAAUCCAACGGAACUAAUGUUGCAGCUAUAGCAUCCGAUAUUUAGCGAUACAUGUUUAAUUCGGUGAUAACAGUUGCAUUACUGGAAGGUGGGUCAGGGCGCAGUGUUGAAUCAUCUUGAUUGGCCCGAGAGAAAUGAGGACCCUGCGACAGGCAACCUUUUGCUUACUAACCUCGCAAAUAUUUGAAGCGUAAGUCUCUAACUACGAAAAUGAUCUCAAAACCUUUCAUGUGACAUUGCACCUAUGAUAUGGAGAGUAUGACAAAUUAUACAAAAAGAAAAUCUAAUUUAUGGUAAGAGAAUUACAUGUAGUACUUAAUAUUUAUUGCCCGUAUGAAGCAAAGUGUCUACAACCUUUAUAACUACAACAGUUUAACUUUGAUACUCGGCAAUAGGUAUGCCGAGCUUUGCGGUUUGCCACUUCCUGAAGUAAGUAGAAAUAGGAGUUCCAGUUUCUUGAUUUUCAGGAAACUGAGGAGGAGCGUUUGAGUAAAGAGGAGAGGAAUGGUUGGGAAGCAAAUAAGAGGAAAAGGAGAGGAAAAGCAGGAGGAUGAACUGCUAAAAUAUAGCUAUGAUCAUGAGUAUAUUAUAAAUAUCAUUUUAGUUUGUUGUCUUUUUUAUUGAUUUUUCUUUGUGAUAAUAAUUGAGAAAUAAAGAAGAAUUAUGGCAUGUCAAAUAUUACCAUACUACCAGAUAUUUUUUA